AAGUAGCCUCUUGGUCCGCCGUCUUCAUUUCUUUUCCCGCCUGUCGCUUCUGGAGUCGUUGCGACAGGCAUUCGCUUCAUAGCAGCCAUGUCGUACAACUAUGUGGUGACGGCUCAGAAACCCACAGCGGUCAAUGCCUGUGUGACAGGGCACUUUACAUCUGAGGAUGACCUGAAUCUGCUGAUCGCUAAAAACACCCGGCUAGAGAUUUAUGUGGUGACACCAGAAGGGCUGAGGCCUGUCAAGGAGGUUGGAAUGUAUGGCAAAAUCGCAGUGAUGGAGCUCUUCAGGCCUAAGGGUGAAAGUAAAGACUUGCUGUUUAUACUGACGGCUAAAUACAAUGCUUGUAUUCUGGAGUACAAACAGAGCGGGGACAGCAUUGAUAUCAUAACUCGUGCACAUGGCAAUGUACAGGAUCGCAUUGGCCGUCCUUCUGAAACUGGAAUUAUUGGGAUCAUUGACCCAGACUGCAGAAUGAUUGGUCUUCGUCUUUAUGAUGGGCUAUUUAAAGUCAUACCAUUAGAGCGGGACAAUAAAGAGCUAAAGGCCUUUAACAUUCGCUUGGAGGAGUUGCAUGUCAUCGAUGUUAAGUUCCUAUAUAGUUGCCAGGCCCCCACUAUAUGCUUUGUGUAUCAGGACCCCCAAGGCAGACAUGUCAAGACAUAUGAGGUUUCUCUGAGGGAGAAGGAGUUCAGCAAGGGGCCCUGGAAACAGGAAAAUGUAGAGGCAGAAGCCUCUAUGGUCAUUGCAGUUCCAGAGCCUUUCGGAGGUGCAAUUAUCAUUGGCCAGGAGUCCAUUACCUACCACAAUGGAGACAAAUACCUGGCAAUAGCUCCUCCAAUCAUCAAGCAAAGCACUAUCGUGUGCCAUAACAGAGUAGAUGUCAAUGGUUCACGUUAUCUGCUGGGUGACAUGGAGGGCCGUCUGUUUAUGCUUUUGUUGGAGAAAGAAGAGCAGAUGGAUGGAAGUGUCACACUGAAGGAUCUGCGUGUGGAAUUACUAGGAGAGACUUCCAUUGCUGAAUGUCUGACUUAUUUGGACAAUGGAGUUGUGUUUGUGGGUUCCCGCCUUGGAGAUUCCCAGCUAGUGAAGCUUACGACAGAGAGCAAUGAACAGGGAUCAUAUGUUGUUGUCAUGGAGACUUUCACAAACUUGGGCCCCAUUGUAGACAUGUGUGUUGUGGAUCUGGAGAGGCAAGGACAGGGACAGUUAGUGACCUGCUCUGGAGCCUUUAAGGAGGGCUCUUUGAGAAUUAUCCGAAACGGAAUUGGGAUCCACGAACAUGCCAGUAUUGAUCUUCCUGGGAUAAAAGGUCUUUGGCCUCUCAGAGUUGCUGCUGAUCGUGACACAGAUGACACUCUAGUUUUGUCUUUUGUGGGACAGACAAGAGUCCUAACGCUUACAGGAGAAGAGGUCGAGGAAACGGACUUGGCUGGCUUUGUUGAUGAUCAACAAACUUUUUUCUGUGGGAAUGUUGCACAUCAGCAGCUUAUUCAGAUCACAUCAGCCUCAGUACGGCUGGUAUCUCAAAACCCACAAAACUUGGUGAGUGAAUGGAAAGAACCACAGGGUCGGAAGGUUAGCGUCUGCUCCUGCAAUAGUCGCCAGGUGCUGCUCGCUGUGGGUAGAGUUUUGUAUUACUUGGAGAUCCACCCCGGGGAACUGCGUCAGACCAGCUGCACAGAAAUGGAGCAUGAGGUGGCCUGUCUAGAUGUCACACCUCUUGGAGGAAACGAUACUCUUUCCUCUCUUUGUGCCAUAGGGCUAUGGACAGAUAUCUCUGCACGUAUCCUGAGCCUUCCAGGCUUCCAGCUUUUGCACAAGGAGAUGCUGGGUGGAGAAAUAAUCCCACGUUCCAUCCUCAUGACUUCAUUCGAAAGCAGUCACUACUUGCUUUGUGCACUUGGAGAUGGUGCCCUUUUCUACUUCAGUCUAAACACAGACACAGGCCUUCUGAGCGAUAGGAAAAAGGUUACUCUGGGGACCCAGCCCACGGUACUCAGGACUUUCCGAUCUCUGUCGACGACUAAUGUGUUUGCCUGCUCCGAUCGUCCUACCGUCAUCUACAGCAGCAACCACAAGCUGGUCUUCUCGAAUGUCAACUUAAAGGAGGUCAACUAUAUGUGCCCCCUGAACUCUGAGGGAUACCCUGACAGCUUGGCCUUAGCCAAUAAUAGCACCCUGACUAUUGGAACCAUCGAUGAAAUACAGAAGCUACAUAUCCGCACAGUGCCCUUGUUUGAGUCUCCCAGAAAGAUAUGCUAUCAGGAAGUCUCGCAGUGCUUUGGGGUUCUUUCCAGCCGUAUUGAGGUGCAGGAUGCCAGUGGGGGUAGCUCCCCACUCAGACCUAGUGCAAGCACACAGGCGCUCUCUAGCAGUGUGAGCUGCAGUAAAUUGUUUUCUGGAAGUACAUCUCCACAUGAAACUUCUUUUGGGGAAGAGGUUGAAGUUCACAAUUUAUUAAUCAUUGAUCAGCACACAUUUGAAGUGCUGCACACACAUCAAUUCCUGCAAAAUGAGUAUACCCUUAGCUUGGUCUCCUGUAAACUGGGGAAGGAUCCAACCACUUACUUUGUAGUAGGGACUGCCAUGGUGUAUCCAGAUGAAGCUGAACCAAAGCAGGGAAGGAUCGUCGUUUUCCAGUAUAAUGACGGAAAACUGCAAACCGUUGCAGAAAAGGAGGUGAAAGGAGCUGUUUACUCUAUGGUGGAAUUUAAUGGAAAGCUGCUAGCAAGUAUCAACAGCACGGUACGACUCUACGAGUGGACUGCUGAAAAGGAAUUGCGAACAGAGUGCAACCACUACAACAAUAUCAUGGCUCUCUAUCUGAAAACGAAGGGUGAUUUUAUCCUGGUGGGAGACUUGAUGCGCUCAGUGCUGCUGUUGGCUUAUAAACCGAUGGAAGGAAACUUUGAGGAGAUUGCACGAGAUUUCAAUCCUAACUGGAUGAGCGCCGUGGAGAUUUUAGAUGACGACAAUUUCCUGGGAGCCGAGAAUGCUUUCAAUUUAUUUGUGUGUCAGAAAGACAGUGCUGCUACUACUGAUGAGGAGCGGCAGCAUUUACAAGAAGUCGGUCUCUUUCAUCUGGGUGAAUUUGUUAAUGUCUUCUGUCAUGGCUCCCUGGUAAUGCAGAAUCUGGGUGAGACCUCCCCGCCUACUCAGGGCUCUGUACUCUUUGGCACAGUUAAUGGAAUGAUUGGUCUUGUUACUUCACUUUCUGAGAGCUGGUACAAUCUGCUUCUAGAUGUUCAGAACAGACUCAACAAAGUAAUCAAAAGCGUUGGCAAGAUCGAACACUCAUUUUGGAGGUCAUUCCACACAGAGAGGAAGACCGAACCAGCCACAGGAUUCAUAGAUGGGGAUCUGAUCGAGAGCUUCCUGGACAUUAGCCGGCCAAAGAUGCAGGAGGUCAUUGCGAAUCUACAGAUCGACGACGGCAGUGGGAUGAAAAGGGAGACCACGGUGGAUGACUUGAUAAAGGUAGUUGAAGAACUGACGAGGAUUCACUGAGUUCCGGAAGUCCGGAAGAUUUCAAGCUUUUCUCCCCCUCCCCCCAGCCCCUCCUAUAGGCUUUGUUGAUGCUCCCCCAGCACCGUUGGGUUGGAGUUGGCCUUCCAUGGGGUUGGCCUUCUAUUAAUUCUGUCCGUGCCAAGGGGGUGUGUAUCUUGCUUUAAUGCCCUACACGCACUUGCACCCUUUGCUUUCAGAGGAGUGGGAGGGAUGGCAAAAAAAAAUUUGCAGGUCCCUCCACCAGCAAAAGGUUAAAUAUGGCUGUACAGAUUAUCCCUUCAACCCAUUUCCCUGCUGCAUUAUUAUUGUUGCUGCAAUCCUGUAACCAUAGGGUGUUUUUUUUUUUGUUUUGGUUUUGUAAUACAACAUUAUGUAAUAAGGUCCCACCCACAAGGGCCUUCUGCUUAGAAUGUAGAGUGUAUCAUCAGCGGGACAACAGGACAUUGGGCAUGUGACUGGGGGGCUCCAAGUGAUGUCAAGUUGCAGUGCCCACCCUACCAUUCCUCUUAACUAAGAAAAAAAAAGGGGAAAUGUAGUAGGUUAUUUUCUGAUGUUUUAGGAAAUAAACUAGACUGGAACUGAAAA